CACAAUUAUAAAUGAGGAAACAUUCAAGUGAGCGAUCAGUGAGGGCUGUUUAUUCCAACAGAGUAAAUGUUUCAGCUCGAUGGAAGAAAUACAUUCCAAUACCAUGUAUAGUUCAUAUUUUUAGGAAUGGAGAUGUGCUGAAUCCACCUUUUCGAUUGAUUAUUCCCAAGCAUGUAAUGACAAAUUGGGAUAAGAUUCUUGCCAUGAUAACUGAGAAGGCAAAGAUCCAAACUGGAGCUGUUCGCAGACUUUGUACAGUGAGUGGACAGAUCAUAGACAGUGGGGGAGAGCUGGAGAGUGGACAGUACUAUGUAGCUGUGGGAUCUGAGAAGUUCAAACAUCUUCCUUACCUUGAACUCCUCGUUUGCAAAAUGUCAUCACAAAAUGCUUACAGGCAUCAGCAAAUGGUCAAACACAAGAAUCUCAUCAAAGAGUAUGUUCUAUCCCGAGAUGGAAUCAGUGAUUCUGCGCUGUUGCCUUCAGCUGUUCAGUCAGAUAAGAGGAGAGUCCAGUCGACAGGAGAUACAGGAACAGGUCAAAUCCUUGUCUCGCCUCCGAUGGUGAAGAGGAAGGGAAGAAAGAACAACAGCCAGGAAUCUAUCAUCUUUGCAAAGCCCGUUCGAGUGAAAUCAAAUCGGAAUCUGAUAAACAAUCCACACCUCAGGGAUUCUGCCAAAGACAAAAGGAGUGUUUUUAAAGUCACUGAGAAACGAGCUGAGCUGCAAGGAGCUCAGGAGAUUCCUGAUGAUGAAAAUACCAAGGUGGAACUGCCAAUUGAUAAGAGAGUAGCUGAAACUGUGGAAGAUGAAGUGAUUCCUGAAGAGGAGACAAUAUCAUGUUGAAGAGGGUUUUAGAACCAAACCGCAUCGAGGUCUUGGGGAGAAGCAGAUGAUUGAGAUCAAGGUGAAUGUUCACUGAUGUGUGUGUGGAUUGGCAGGACAACUCAGUCCAUCCUCUUUGUUGGAACUCUAUGACACGGAGCCACACACCAUCUGCCUAUUUUCCCAUUGCAAUCCUUCACAGAAUGACCUGGGAAUUCUUACUCUUUAUUUCACCCACUGAAA